GCUAAUUUCUUUCUAUAAAAUGGAGCAAGAAGAAAACUCCCUCAUUUAUUUGAUUUUCUUUUUUUAUUUUAUACGUUUUUUUCCCAAAAGAGAAAUCCCAAUUCGGAUUAAUUUUUUGUCAGAGUAUAAUCAAUUAAAGCACUCUGUUUCUCUUGAUGCCGUUCCGGCAUGAACCAAAACAACCAACACCAACAGAAGAAACGUUUCUUUCUUCUCUUACUUUCUCGUGCUCGCUCCCCACCUUGUGAUCUUCGUAUAAUUGUUCCUCUCUGGGUCUGGCCUCUUUGUCUCGACACCCUCACUUCCGUUCACAGAUCCAUUACAUCUGAAGAUGUGGUUUGACCAGGUGAUGUUUUACUGAUAAAAAGCGCAUGAAGUUGUAUGCCACGUGGAAGAUUUUCUAUGAUGGACCUCAAAGGAUCUUAUGAUAUUGAGCAGAUGAGUUCUGUGUCAAGAAUUCAGCAUGAGUUUUGGCCACUAGAUGAAAUUGAUCCAAACAAGUCCAAGUUUCCAUGUUGUAUAGUUUGGACCCCACUCCCAGUUGUCUCAUGGUUGGCUCCUUUUAUUGGACAUGUUGGCAUUUGUCGGGAGGACGGAGUUAUUUUAGAUUUUGCGGGAUCCAACUUUGUGAAUGUUGAUGAUUUUGCAUUUGGUGCCGCUGCCAGAUAUCUUCAACUCGAUAGAAACCAGUGUUGCUUCCCUCCGAACCUCUCUGGGCACACAUGCAAACAAGGGUAUAUGCAUGCAGAGUUUGGUACUGCAAUGACGUGGGACGACACCCUCCGGUCAAGCGUCCGCCACUUUGAGCACAGAAGCUACAAUCUUUUCACCUGCAACUGCCAUUCAUUUGUUGCCAAUUGUCUGAAUCGCCUUUGUUAUGGUGGAUCAAUGAGUUGGAACGUGAUCAAUGUUGCAGCUCUAAUUCUUUUCAAGGGUGGUCGUUGGAUAAAUUUCUUGUCCAUCAUCAAAUCAUUCCUCCCAUUCACAGUGGUUCUCUGCUUGGGUUUGUUACUGGUUGGCUGGCCGUUCUUAAUCGGGCUGUUCUCGUUCUCCCUCCUCCUUAUGGGGUGGUAUGUCCUGGGUACCUACUGUUUUAAAAACUUGUUAGAGUGCUAGUCUUUUGUCACUAGCCCUCAAGUUACAUCUUUUUCAGGAAUCCGAGUCGAUGUACUUGGCGUUUAUUUUGUAACUCUGUUCAUAAAACCCCUUGCCAAGUCAAGUAGACUGUCUAGGGAAAACUGUGCUGGUGCAGAUGGAUAAUGUAAGCCCUGUAGGCCAGUACCAAGAAACUGAACCUGUUUGUGUUCUUUUGGAAAGUAACUGAAUAACUGGGAUAUCAGUUUCUCUGUAUCCAUGGCAUAGCAGGCAUGUGAUGUAAUUCUUUCGUUCUAUUUCACUUGAAAGCUUUGGAUGAUUUGUGAGCC